AGUCUGUCGCAACCUUUUCUUCUUCUUCUUCUCUUUGUUUCUGCUCAAAGGUUCUGAUGGACAAACUCUGCUGGAUUUAACCCGGACCUAACCCGGACCUACCCUGGAGUUAGCCUGGAGAUAACCUGGAUUAUAAACCGUAUUUAACCCGGAUUUAUGGCGGACUAACACGGGUUAAAUGCUUAGUAUCGGGUUGGACCGUUAGAGUACCGAGAGUUCGGGUUCGGGUCCGGCCGGACGGCGGGACUCUGAGGAACGUGUUGCUAUCUGUGUUUUCAUGGAGAUGAGAGUGUUUCCCGCCCUCUGACACAGUAUCGAUAACUGUUAUUGAUCGUGUAUUGAUCCGGAGAUGGCCGCGCGCAUACUGCCGCUGCUGGCGCUCCUGACCUGCGGACACGCCAAGAGCGCGUUCCCGCAGCGACCCUCCUACAGCCUGUACGCGCACGGGGCGCACGGGACCGCACGGGGCGCACGGGGCGCACGGGACGCACGGGGCUCGCGCCGCCAGCAGACACAGGAACUGGUGUGCGUUUGUGGUGACGAAGACGGUGAGCUGCAUGGUUGAGGAUGGAGUGGAAGCGUUUGUGAAGCCUGAUUAUCAUCCCUGUAGCUGGGGGAGCGGCCAGUGCAACAGGGUGGUUCUCUACCGGACCUACACGAGGCCGCGAUACAAGGUCGCCUACAAAAUGCUCACGGAGAUGGAGUGGAAGUGUUGCCAUGGUUACAGCGGAGAGGACUGCAACGACGGUCCAAUCGGAGGAGCGGGAACGCAGAUUUCCACCACCAGACCUCAACCCAGACCGGGACAUGGAGGGACAAACUACGGACAGGGAGGGCGAGUUGACAAUGAGAAGAUGAGGCAGCUGGAAGAGAAGAUCCAAAGUUUGACCAAAAACCUCCAGGACCUUCAGUCCACCAUGAACGAACACCUUCAACAGGAAGUCAACAAACCAGGCAUCAGCGGAGGAGGAACAUCUUCAGGAGGAAGAAACCCCGCUGAUGCGGCCCAGCCAGAGAUUAAAGACACGAUUCACAGCAUUCAGACGAAACUGGACCAGCUGGACAACCGCACACAGGCCCAUGAUAAAACCCUGGUCAGCAUUAACAACCACCUGGUGAACGGGAAAGGGAACGCCCUGGAUGGAGGUCUGUCUGGAGGAGGACUGAGCGGUGGGAGGCUGAACUCACUGAAGGAGGAGAUCCUGAGGGAGUUAGAGAGCCGGGUAUCACUGUCCUGCUCCUCCUGUCAGGCCGGUGUGGAGGAUCUGCGCCGACAGCAGCAGCAGGACAAAGAGAGGAUUCAAGCUCUGGAGAAGCAGCUAAAUGCCAUGGACGUUCGGUAUCGUCAGAGCCUGGAUGGGCUGCGUCAGGAGGUGGUGCGCUUGCAAGGAUGCUGUGACACCGUCAACGACCUACGAAAACGCGUCACUGAUGCCGAACGCAAGAUCAGCUCCGCCUCAGAGAACUUUGAUGUUCUGCAGAACCGUCUGGACAGGGAGCUCAGCGGAGGAGGAGGCAGCAACAACGAGAACGGUGGCUUCGGUGGAGGAGGGUUUGGUGGUGGAGGAGGAACUGGGGGAGGGGGGAGGGAUGUUGUGGUGACGGAGGAAAGACUGGACAAUCGUCUGAAGGACCUGGAACGGCGGGUCAACAACACCUUGCAGCAGACAGAGCAGAGCUGCUCGCACCUAGAGAACGACCUGAAGGACUACUUCCACAGAGAACUGGGGGACCUGCGGACAGUAUUCCUGGACCGGUUUGAUGACCAAGCCUUCAGGAUCGCAGACGUGGAGCUGGACGUGGGACAGGUGAAGGAGAGAGUGAGCGACCAAGACAAGAGGCUAUCUAAGCUGGAAAACAACACUUUGCUCAUCAGCCAGAGACUGAAAAACUGCAGCUGUGCAGGGACUGAAGGAGACCUGGGAGAUGGAGGAGGAUUUACAGGGGGAUCUACUGGGGGAUCUACAGGAGGAUCUACUGGGGGAUCUACGGGGGGAUCUAAAGGAGGAUCUACAGGAGGAGGUACAGGAGGAGGAUUAUCUGGGACAGGAGGAGAAAGUACAACAGAGAAAUCACUGGAGUGGAGAGUGAUCGCCAAUGAGGAUCGUAUUCGACACUUUAACACUGAACUGAAAGAUCUGUCAGUGUCUGGAGACUCUCUGCACGACAAGGUUGUGGACCUCAGCCAUGACGUCCGUAAGAUCAAAUCUCUGACCGGGGAUCACGGGGAACACUUUAACCGAAUUGUUACUGAGGUGGAGCUUCUGGGGCAGGACUGCGAGUUGUGUGGGAAGGUAGAAGAUGAGCUGCAAAGGCUGAAAAAUCAAUCCCAGGAUGCACUGGGGCGCAUGCACAGCCAAAUCAACAGACUCCAGAUCAGACUGGAUUUAGGAGGAGAAGGCUGCUUCCAGAUCUGUUCACAGUUGGAGGAUGAAGUCCGCCUGCUACGAGACGAUGUCAGGAGAUGCACCGGCCAAUGUAAGACCAGCCCGGCCACGCCCACAGGUGGUGGUUCUGGUAGCGUUGGUGGUACCGGCAGACCUGGGUUGGAUGCUGAGAAGCCUUUAGAUGGCCACAGUGUGAUUGGAGGCUCCAUCAACAACAACCAGCUGAAGACGCUGCAGGGUGAACUCUCUGAGGUCAUCCUCACCUUUAGUUCCAUCAACGACACCCUGAAGGGGUUCGAACACACGGUGCAGAAACAUGGUAGCGUCAUCACUGACCUCGGAAACACAAAGGAUAAGAUAAUUUCUGAGCUGGACAAGAUCCAGCAAGAGAUGACGGAGCACAUCGAGGAGAGCGGCAACCGCCUGGACGCGAUGGACCGGGAUGUCCGGCGGUUCAAGAGCACGAUCCUAGUGGAGAUUGGAGACUGUAAGAGGUCUGGAGACGGGCUGGAGAAGAGGCUUUCCAAGUUGGAGGGAGUCUGUGGGAGGCUGGACGGUGUCUCUGACUCCAUCCUCAAGAUCAAGGAAGGACUGAACCGACACGUGUCGAGUCUGUGGACUUGUGUUUCUGGUCUGAAUGAGUCGGUUGUCCAUCACGGAGGAAUCAUGGACUUCAUUCAGAAGAACCAGGACGAUGUCUACAGCAGGAUGAAGAACCUGAACUCAAGCAUGAACCAGUUCCUCAGAGAUCUGCAGGGUUCCUCUGUGAAUGGCCUGUCCGGCCUGCCUGGACCUCCAGGACCCCCGGGACCCCGAGGAGAGAGAGGUUAUAAUGGGCCUCCUGGACGUCAAGGUGAAAAUGGACCCCGAGGUCUGCCCGGUCCCAAAGGUGAACCAGGUGUGUCUGGUGUCGAUGCUCAUGUACCGAGACUGUCGUUCUCUGCUGCGCUCACUGUUCCCAUGGACAGAGCUGGAACCAUCGUCUUUGACAAGAUCUUUGUCAAUGAAGGAGACUUCUACGACCGGAGAACAGGUAUCUUCACGGCCCCCGUAGAUGGACGUUACUUCUUCAGUGCCAUCCUGACGGGUCAUAGGAACGAGAAGAUCGAGGCGGUUCUAUCGAAAUCUAACUACGGCAUGGCACGGGUGGACUCUGGAGGCUACCAGCCCGAAGGCUUGGAGAACAACCCUGUGGCCGAGGCUAAAAUCACUCCUGGAUCUCUGGCCGUCUUCAACAUCAUUCUGCCUCUGCAGACUCGGGACACGGUCUGCAUUGACCUAGUGAUGGGAAAACUGGCUCACUCUGUGGAGCCACUCACCAUCUUCAACGGCAUGCUGCUGUAUGAAGACAUGUGACAGUGUUUUAUAAACAUAUGAAAAUCAGUGAGGCCAGACAACCAGCGAGGCCAGAAAACCUGUUUAAGAUUCACGACAAUACCCACAGGAGGCUGCCACAUAGAGAACAAUGUCACUUCCUCAUUCAAUUCCUAAACUGAUGACAAAUAUUUUAAAGGAACCUUUAGUCUGAACAGAUUUAUGUCUCUAUAUUCUAACAGGUCACAUUUGUUUGACUGGUGUUGUUAUUAUUCUUAUGUCACUUCACAUGUGGACGAUUUAUCAUCUGACUGCUUUAUCUGCUGAUCUGAUGUGAUCAAAUGAUCUAAGUUCAGAGCAGCACUGUCAGGACAGAUGUCCUGUAGACCAGAUAAUGUCCCAGAAAACCAGCUGGUGUCCCUGUAAACCAAAUAAUGUCCCUGUUAUUCAGGUAAUGUCCCUGUAAACCAAAUAAUGUCCCUGUAAACCAGAUGGUGUCCCUGUAAACCAGAUAAUGCCCCUAUAAACCACGUACUGUCCCUGUAAAUCAAAUAAUGUCCCUGUAAACCAGAUAAUGUCCCGGUAAACCAGCUGGUGUCCCUGUAAACCAGCUGAUAUCCCUGUAAACCAGCUGGUGUCCUGUAAACCAGCUGGUUUCCCUGUAAACCAGCUGGUGUCCCUGUAAACCAGCUGAUGUCCCUGUAGACCAGCUGGUGUCCCUGUAGACCACCUGGUGUCCCUGUAGACCAGCUGAUGCCCUGUAGACCAGGUUUCCCUGUAGACCAGUUGACCCCUGGCCGACCUGCUUCCUGCUGCUGCUUGAAACUUUAAACAACUUUUUGAAACACAGGAACUCUUGUAGUGUCCAGCUGUUGUUGAUGGUCUCACUGGAAGUUUUUGAGUUACGUGAAAUUGGACCAAGAUGUUGGACAGACCAACGGAUCAGCUCCAUUUUUAAGUCCCGCCCCCGGCAGAUUGGAUGUUGUCUUGACAACCUGUGACAGUGUGACUUUAAAUAUGAAGAGAAAACCUUUUGUACUGAAGCUUUAUAAAAGCAGAAUGUGUUUUAUGAGAUGAGUUCACAAUGCAAAUGUUUUAUAUUA